ACGCUGAUCGAGAACAUCGCGACAGUAACCCUCCUGUCACUGAUUCAAAUGAUGUUGAGGAUGUGUUACCUAAUCAUAUUUCAUUCUUGGAAGAACUUAGACUCCAAGGAUUAGGAAAGUGGCUUCAACGUUGUAGAGUAAUGUUACAUCAUGUAGCAGGAACUCCAGAGCGAGCAUGGCUUCUUUUCAGUUUAAUCUUCAUUCUUGAAACCGUCGUUGUGGCUAUCUUCCGACCAAAGACAAUAAAACUUUUGAAUGCUACACACCAACAGUUUGAAUUUGGCAUCGCGGUUCUCCUUUUGUCUCCUGUUGUCUGUUCUAUUUUGGUCUUCCUACGGUCGCUGCAGGCUGGAGAUUUGUCCAUGACUUCAAAGCCUCGGAAGUUGUUUUUUAUCCCAAGUAUCUUGUUGCUAUUUGAGGUUUUGGUUGUGAUAACUUUACGCCAGUGUAUCAUUGUCUCUGUGCAGUUUUCUAAUGUUGGUUGA